GUAGAAGCACAUGGGGGAAGGGCUCAGCGAGAGAGAAACUGAAGAAGGCUGGUGCAGAUAUUUUUAGGACUGUACUUGGUUUUGUCAGUGUUGUCAAUUUGACCUUGAGAAACAUGCGGUCAGGAUUUCUGCAGCCGUGCUGUAAACUAAAGAAGCAUCAAGUGAGGAGAAGCCCUUCCCAAACCUUGGGAAAAGUUGAUUAAAUUUAUUUUGUCUUCUGAGUUUAAAAGCUUUGAUAGAAUCUUCAGUACAGUAUAACUGUAUAACAGUAGGACAGUUGAAUCUUGUAAGUCUAGUUGUUUUCACUCCACAACUGCAAGCAAAGAUACCAUAAAAUUAGUAUAAGUUCUGUAUUUUUGUAAUCAUAAUUAUUUUGCAAAAGAAAUUCACAGUCUAAUUUUAAGUCUUCAUAGUAACAAAGCGUUAUAUUAAAGUAGCUGAUGUGUUCUGCACUUUGGGACAUCCUUCCAAAGUGAAAAGCGCUGUAUAAAUGCAGUUGUUGUUUUCUUUGAACUCGCGUUUCAAGCUCAAGCACUUUUUCCAGGGAAGGACACUGUCAGUGCCAGUCUGAAACCAAUCUUCUAGGAGCUGCAGAAUUGCACUUAUGAGCAUUUAAGAUGGAGCUGUGGGGAGAAUGGGAAGAUGAAGAGAUAAUGCAGCAUGCAAUAGAACAAAGCCUGCAAGAAAAUUGCCCAUAUCCUUAUCCUUUCACAUCUUCUGUGACAAUGGAGGAUUGCAGAUUCUUAAAACAAAGUGAAGAAAACAGGCAGGUUGUCACAGCAAUACGGACAGGCCAAGAGACAAUUUUGCGCCAACUCUCCAUUCAUCGCUCUGCAUUUCAUGAAGCAGAUGAAAGAGGUUGGCUUCCUCUACAUGAAGCAGCUGCACAGCUCAAUCCAUCAAUUCUGGAAAUUACUUUCCAAAGCUCUUGUCCCAUCGCUCGUGAACAGAAAAACCUGAAGGGUCAAACUCCCCAGUUUGUGGCAGUGGAAUUGAAUCAUAUAAAUAAUGUCCGGUAUUUCCUUACCAAUGGUUGUAACCCCGAUUGUAAGGAUAAAGAGGGCAAUUCUCCUUUAGUUGUGGCCACCAGAAGUGGAGCAUACGACACUGCCUCAAUGCUGAUACAUUUUGGUGCGACAGUGAACUUUAAGUGCGUUAACCAAAGGACAGCUCUGCAUGACGCUGCCAGACUGGCGAAGAAAGAUCUGGUGAAUUUAUUAAUCUGCUCAGGAGCAGCUGUAGAUCCCCAAAGUGCCUAUGGAAUAACCCCACUAGCUCUGGCUGCACAGAAUGGAUUUACUGAAGUGGUGGAAAUCUUGCUUAAAAAGGGAGCGGAUGUCCUGUCUCAAGCCUCCGAUGGGGUGUCGGUGCUAUUUGAAGCGGCUGCUUCUGGGAACCCAGACUGUGUGUCGCUGCUAUUGGCACAUGGAGCCGAUGCCAACGUUCCCAAGUACUCGGGGCAUCUCCCCAUUCACCGGGCGGCGUACAGAGGCCACUGCCAAGUGCUGAAACAGCUGAUCCCAGUGACAGAUCACUCUGCUAUUAAGGAGAGUGGGAUGAGUCCAGUUCAUUCUGCAGCAGCAGGUGGUCACCCACAUUGUCUCGAGCUGCUUCUCCAAUCUCAUUUUGACGUCAAUUUCAGGCUCAGUCAAAGACUUUGCAAGGGUUACGAUGAUGAGAGAAAAUCUGCUCUGUAUUUUGCCGUCUCCAAUAAUGACAUCGUCUCAACCCGCCUGCUCCUGAAAGCUGGGGCUCUGCCUAACCAAGACCCCAUCAACUGUCUGCAACUCGCACAAAGGAUGGGCAACUAUGAGCUCAUGAACAUCCUCCUUCGCCAUGGUGCCAAUGUCAAUUACUACAGCAAAAUCAACAGUAUGCACUUCCCCACCUCUCUACAAUACGCCUUGAAAGAUGACAUUAUGCUGAGAAUGUUGUUCAGUUAUGGAUAUGAUCUCCUUCGGUGCUUUGAUUGCCCACAUAGUGACAACAGUCAUCCCGAGAAUAACUUUGAAGGAUGGACCCCUACAGUCAUUAAAGACAAUAUGUUUUGUGAAGUCAUUACUUUGCCUUGGUUCAAACAUCUGUCUGGGAAAGUGGUCUGUGUGAUGCUGGAUUAUGUCGAUCACGUCCGUUUCUGCUUUAAACUGAAAGAUAUUCUUGAACAACAAAAUGAGUGGCCAGAAAUAAAACAUUUAAUGGAAAACCCACGUUCUUUGAAGCAUCUUUCUCGACUGAAGAUCCGGAAAUGCAUGGGUCGGUUGAGGCUGCGAUGUCCGAUAUUUAUGACAUUCAUGCCAUUGCCGAAUCGGAUGAAGGAAUACAUUCUUUAUAAAGAACAUGACCUUUAUGGGCAAAAAUACCUCCUCAGUCCUUCAUAGUGCAUUUUUUGUAUUUUAAAGGUUAGUUACCAGUUCUCAGUUGAAUAAUUACACUUGUAGAUCAUUGCCAGCUUUGACAGUGCAAUGAAAACAGACCGAAGCUAUUUCAUUUGAAGCCUUACAUAAACUUUAGCCACAUAAAAAUAUGGUUUAAUCUUCAGUUUGCAUCAUGUUAUUUUGUGGUGACUAAUUUAAAAUUGUGCAUAAGAAAGCAGAAAGGCCUGUGUCACAACGAUGUGUGAACUGAACAAAUAACAUUUCAGAGGAAAAGUGCAACUUUAUACCCGAAGAAUUACUUUCUGGUGAGAGAAGCCAAGCAGGUGGUCGGGUUGAACUAAACCAAAUACUCUGGGCUUUUGGGGGUUUUCUUUGAGAACCUUGUGUACUGACGCUAACUUUGCUUAGAGCUGCAAGAGAAGCUACCCAGCUCCUUCUGAUAAUUAUUGUUUAUUUAUUAUUACUUACUUAGUGAAGUACUUUGAGAUGCCUC